AUGAAGGCCUCCGUGCUUCUCUCCCUGUCGGCGCUGAGCGCCGUCGCUGUCUCCCAAGCGACUCUUUACGGCCAGUGUGGCGGGCAAGGCUGGUCCGGUCCCACCACCUGCGUCUCAGGCGCCCGUUGCGUCUCCUACAACGACUGGUACAGCCAGUGCAUCGCUGCUGCCGACGACGAUGGCGCCGAGGAGGAGGCCCCUGUAGAUGAAAGCAGCGAUGACAACGGAGAGAACUGUGAUAUCGAACCAGAGCCGUCGACACCCCAAAUCUCCGCCAUCGGAACCACUCCAGCCCCCACGACCAUCGCCGAGGUCCCUGCUCCGUCUGCCACUUCAGAGGCUCAGGCCGAGCCCGUCACUUCUGAGGCUGCUACCAUCACCCCUACGUCCUCUAUCGAGGAGCCCCCUGCUACGUCCGAGGUCUCCGAGUCUGCGCCAACUACCACCCUCGUCACAGCCACACAAGGCACUACAACCGUCAUUGCUGCUCCCUCCGGUGUGACCAAGACUCUGCCCCAUUCUUCUGGUGCUGUUGCUACGGAUGAGGCUAUUCCCGUCUCUGGCGAGUUUGACGGUGGCAUGAAGCUGUACGAUCGAUCCCCCAAGGUUUGCCAGGACCAGACCGAGACCGGUGAAAAGGACGCCAUGUUCAUUCUCGAGGACGGCGCCACCCUUUCCAACGUUAUCAUCGGCCCCGGCCAGGCCGAGGGCGUCCACUGCAAGGGCACCUGCACCCUAAUCAACGUCUGGCACUCCGAAGUCUGCGAGGACGCCAUUACCCUGAAGCAAGAAUCCGGCACCUCGACUAUUAUUGGCGGCGGAGCCUUUAAGGCCUCCGACAAAGUCGUCCAGUUCAACGGCCGCGGCACCGUUACGAUCCGUGACUUCUACGUCGAAGACUACGGCAAGCUCGUUCGCAACUGCGGCAACUGCAAGAACAACGGCGGCUCCCGCAACGUCGUGAUUGAAAACAUCGUCGCCGUCGAUGGCGGCGUGCUGUGCGGUAUCAACACAAACUACGGCGAUACGUGCACCGUCAAGGACUCGUGCCAGAACAGCGGCAAAAGCUGCGAUCGCUACGAGGGCAACGACACGGGCGACGAGCCGAGCAAAUUGGGCUCCGGUCCCGACGGGGAAUUUUGCACCGUUUCGGGCCUGGCUGAGACUUGCUAA